AUGGAGAGCCCGUGGGGAGAACGUGACUAUCAAUAUUACACGGAUUAUACUCAACUCCCACUUUGUAUACUACAGCUUGAUCCAGCAGAUAGAGCUGUAAUCCGUAUUGCAGAUGAAAGAGACGCCGUACAGAAAAAGACCUUCACAAAAUGGGUCAACAAACACCUUUUGAAGGCCGGGCGAAAGAUUCUUGACCUCUACGAAGACCUAAGGGAUGGACAUAACCUCAUUUCACUUCUGGAGGUCCUGGCACACGAAAUUCUGCCUCGAGAGCGGGGUCACAUGAGGUUUCACAAGAUCCAGAAUGUACAGAUAGCACUGGAUUUUCUUCGCAUGAAAGGGAUUAAGCUUGUCAACAUUCGAUCAGACGAGAUUGUGGACGGCAACCCAAAGUUAACGCUGGGUCUUAUCUGGACUAUUAUCCUGCACUUCCAG